AACGCGUCGACUUCCAGUCGGACGACUCUUCAAAGUAACCAGCAGUGUGAGCACAAGUGCGAAGACCGACCCACUGGAAUUAUCCGCAGAUGUCGAGUUAGAUCACCCUAACAAUCCCUUGGAUCGAAAACCACAUCGUCUUCUCGUAUCUCUUCGCUGCUAUCCUCGGCUAUUGGCAAGAGAUAGCCGUCUCGGGCCCAAAGAUGGCGGUGGGAGGAUCGGAAGUGGAGAUCCUGAAGCCCCGCUGCGACAAGAGGGAGUACAGGAGGAUCGUCCUCCCCAACUGCUUGGAGGUCCUCCUCAUCAGCGAUACCGAGACCGACAAGGCUGCCGCUUCCAUGAAUGUCUCGGUUGGUUCUUUCAGCGAUCCUGAUGGCCUCGAGGGUCUGGCUCACUUCCUUGAGCAUAUGCUAUUUUAUGCCAGCGAGAAAUAUCCAGUGGAGGAUAGUUAUUCAAAAUAUAUCACAGAGCAUGGUGGUUCCACUAAUGCGUAUACAACUUCUGAGCAUACAAAUUUCCAUUUUGAUGUUAAUGCUGACUGCUUUGAAGAGGCUUUGGACAGAUUUGCACAAUUUUUUAUCAGCCCUUUGAUGUCUCCUGAUGCAACACUUAGGGAAAUAAAAGCUGUGGACUCUGAGAAUCAGAAGAAUCUAUUAUCUGAUGGUUGGAGAGUGUCUCAGCUCCAGAAGCAUUUAUCUUCAAAGAAUCAUCCAUAUCAUAAAUUCAGUACAGGAAACUGGAACACAUUGGAGGUAAUACCAAAAUCAAAUGGCUUGGACACAAGGCUUGAGCUUCUUAAAUUUUACGAGGAGAACUAUUCAGCAAAUCUUAUGCACCUUGUUGUUUAUGGAAGAGAGGAUCUUGAUGCUAUUCAAAGCCUGGUUGAAGGAAACUUCAGCAAUAUCCGAAACAUUGGAAGGAGCUCUAUCCAUUUUCCUGGUCAGCCUUGCUCAUCUGAACAUCUUCAGAUUCUUGUGAAGGCAGUUAGAAUAAAGCAAGGACAUGUACUGAGGGUUAUCUGGCCAAUUACUCCUAGUAUACACAAUUACAAAGAAGGUCCUUGCAGGUACCUUGGCCAUCUUAUUGGACAUGAAGGAGAAGGUUCUAUCUUUUUCUUUCUGAAGCAGUUAGGAUGGGCUUUAAGUUUGGAAGCCGGGGAAGGGGAUUGGAAUUUUGACUACUCUUUUUUUUCUGUAGUUAUUGAACUCACAGAUAAAGGUCAUGAGCAUCUCGAAGAUAUUGUUGGGUUAUUAUUCAGAUAUAUUUCCCUUUUGCAAAAUUCUGGAAUCAGUAAAUGGAUAUUUGAUGAGCUUGUGGCAAUAAGUGAAACUAAAUUCCAUUACCAAGACAAAUUCUCUCCCAGCCAUUAUGUUGUAAAUAUCGCAUCAAACAUGCAGAUAUUUCCACCUGAGGAUUGGUUAGUUGCCUCAUCAUUGCCAUCAAAGUUUGUCCCAAGCGCAAUUCAGAAGAUAUUGGAUGAGUUGACUCCAGAAAAUAUCAGAAUAUUCUGGGAAUCUAAAACAUUCGAGGAGCAUACAGACUCAGUUGAACCAUGGUAUGGUACGCCUUAUAGUGUUGAAAAGGUCACAUCAUCUACUAUCAAGCAAUGGAUAACAAAAGCUCCUAAUGUGAAUCUACAACUUCCAAAACCAAAUAUAUUCAUUCCAUCUGAUUUGGAAAUAAAAAAUGUUCAAGAGAAGGUCAAAUUUCCAGUUCUGUUAAGGAAGUCACGUUGCUCAAGAUUGUGGUAUAAACCUGAUACCAUGUUUUCUGCACCUAAAGCUUACAUCAGAAUUGAUUUUAACUGCCCACAGUCAAACCUCUCUCCUGAAGCUGAAGUUCUUACUGAUAUAUUUACAAGGUUGCUAAUGGAUUAUCUGAAUGAAUAUGCAUAUGAUGCCCAAGUUGCUGGUCUUUAUUAUGCAAUAUGCGACACGGGUACUGGAUUUGAGGUGAUUGUACUUGGUUAUAAUGACAAAAUGAGGAUCCUCUUAGAAACUAUAGUUGGUAGAAUUGAGCAGUUUGAAGUGAAACCUGACAGAUUUUCUGUGAUCAAGGAAUCUGUUAUCAAGGAGUAUCAAAAUUUUAAGUUUCAACAGCCAUAUAAGCAAGCAUUGUACCAUUGUUCAUUGUUACUAGAGGACCAAACCUGGCCUUGGAGUGAUAAACUUGAAGUCCUACCACAUCUUGAAGCAAAUCAUCUUGCACAAUUCUCAACCACCAUGCUGGAGAAGACCUUCUUAGAAUUCUAUAUUGCAGGAAACAUUGAGCCAAAUGAAGCAGAUUCAAUAGUUCAGCAUAUUGAAGAUAUAUUGUUCAAGUCUACUCAUCCCAAGUGCAAACCACUUUUCCCAUCACAGCAUCUGACGAACAGAGUCAUAAAACUUGAGCGAGGUUUAUGUUACUAUUACCCCAUUGAAGUCUUGAAUGAGAAGGAUGAGAAUUCUGCCCUAGUCCACUAUAUUCAGGUUCAUCAAGAUGAUAUCAAGUUAAAUGUUAAACUUCAGCUUUUUGCUCUAAUUGCCAAGCAAGCGGCAUUCCAUCAGCUUCGAUCGGUUGAGCAACUUGGUUAUAUAACUGCACUUGUGCAAAGGAAUGACUCUGGAGUUAGGGGAGUGCAGAUCAUAAUUCAAUCUACAAUAAAGGAUCCAGCAUAUCUUGAUGCUAGAGUCAUUGCUUUUCUCGAGAUGUUUGAAAGUAAACUUUAUGAAAUGACUAAUGAAGAAUACAAGAGCAAUGUUAAUGCGCUCAUUGAUAUGAAACUUGAGAAACACAAGAACUUGCGGGAGGAGUCUGCUUUUUAUUGGAGGGAAAUUGUUGAUGGAACUCUGAAGUUCGACAGAAGAGAGUCUGAGGUUGCAGCAUUAAGAGAGCUUAGCAAGGAAGAACUGUUAGAUUUUUUCAGUACAUAUGUCAAAGUUGAUGCACCACAAAGAAAAACACUUAGUGUGCAAGUCUAUGGUGGCCUCCACACUGCCGAGUACAAAAAGGUAGUCCAGGAAGCCGAUACACACAAAGUUUGUCAAAUCAAAGACAUAUUUAGCUUCAGAAGAUCGAGGCCCUUGUAUGGUUCCUUCAAAGGAGGCCUUGGCCAUAUGAAACUAUGAUAUCUUUUACAAGGAAGUAAAUGCACUACAGAAGACCAGGCGACAAAUUUUCUUGUACAUGAAGCUCAUUGCAAAUAUUUGUAUGUUAUUCAUUUAUGAUCCAUUGCAAAGAUAUUGUUAGAAUAAGUUUGGAUUACAUUCUCAUUGGGGUUCAUUCAGAUUACAAGUAGUAUUUGUACACACACAAUGCUUCUCAAAUUGGUUAUUGGAAAAAUUCCUGGUCAGCUGUAAUUCUCAUUUUGUUUAAUUGUAUUCGGGAACCCCUUUCUGUUACAACGACGCAAGAUAUUGAUGAUUAGAAUAGUGGAUUUGGUGAAACA